AUGUGGCUGUGUGCGCUGAACUGUGUUGUGUCCUGCCAACCUAAGCCCUCCCUACGCAGGCGGCAUUCGGCCAAUUGUGCGCUGCCCCCUAGGAACCCCCUUGUCACGGUCGACAAUGACAUAGCCUGGAUUCAAACCUGCGACCUCCAGGCAAUAGGAUGCACGCUGCAUUCCACGCGGAGCGCCUUUACUGGAUGCACCACUCAGGAGAUGAGAAUGCAGGGUCACAGGUGUGCUGCGGAGAAUGCAGGGUCACAGGUGUGCUGCGGAGAAUGCAGGGUCACAGGUGUGCUGCGGAGAAUGCUGGGUCACAGGUGUGCUGUGGAGAAUGCUGGGUCACAGGUGUGCUGUGGAGAAUGCAGGGUCACAGGUGUGCUGUGGAGAAUGCAGGGUCACAGGUGUGCUGUGGAGAAUGCUGGGUCACAGGUGUGCUGCGGAGAAUGCUGGGUCACAGGUGUGCUGCGGAGAAUGCUGGGUCACAGGUGUGCUGUGGAGAAUGCUGGGUCACAGGUGUGCUGUGGAGAAUGCUGGGUCACAGGUGUGCUGUGGAGAAUGCUGGGUCACAGGUGUGAUGUGGAGAAUGCAGGGUCACAGGUGUGCUGUGGAGAAUGCAGGGUCACAGAUAUUGCCAUAGGAGCCCCAUUCGAUGGCGAUGGCAAGGUCUACAUCUACCACGGCAGUGCUUCUGGGAUCAACAUCAAACCUGCACAGGUUCUGGACGGGGAAGGGGUGGGGGUGAAACGCUUCGGCUACUCUCUCUCAGGGGGGAUGGAUAUUGACGGGAACUCCUACCCUGAUCUGGUGGUGGGGUCACUGUCUGACUCUGUCGUACUCUACAGGGCUCGUCCUGUCAUUCAUGUCUUGAGAGAAAUCUCUGUGCAGCCCCAAAACAUUGAUCUGGAGCAGAAGAACUGUCGCGGUCGGGAUGGUGUCUGUGUUGAAGUGAAGGUCUGCUUCAUAUAUACUGCACAGCCCAAGACAUACAACCCCCGAAUCACUCUCAGUGUGAUGUUUGAGGCAGACUCAGAACGCAGGAAGUUGGGUCUGCCACACCGAGUCAACUUCCUUGGGCGUAAAAGCUCAGAGCCAGAGUACCAGCGCUCCGAAGAGGUGGAGCUGAGAGGCCAGCACGCCCGUGCAUGUCAGAGCACUAUCUUUCAGUUGCAGGAUAGUCUACGUGACAAGCUCAGCCCAAUCUCUGUCUCAGCAAGUUACUCCAUCAAGCAGGCACGACACUCAAAUCAGCCUACCAACAAGCUAGGGGCGAUGUCUCCGGUGCUUAACGCUGCCAUGCCUAGUACCCUGCGCACUGAGGUGAACUUCCUGCGAGAGGGCUGUGGGGAGGAUAAGAUCUGUCAGAGUAACCUGCAGCUGAGCCAUCGCUUCGGAACCCGUGGCACGAAUACUGACCUCUUCACACCACUACCUGUUGACAUGGAAGGCAUGCCUGUCUUCUCACUCAGUGACCAAAAGACUGUGGCUCUAGAGGUCACUGUCACCAACCUGCCCUCUGACCCCAAGCAACCCCAGAAGGAUGGGGACGAUGCCCACGCUGCUCAACUCCUGGUGGGCAUGCCCGAGACCCUGUCCUACAGCGGCUUCCGAGGACCCCAGGAUAAACAGUUAGUCUGUGCAGCAAAUGCGAAUGGCUCUUAUGCAGAAUGCGAGCUGGGGAAUCCAAUGAAGAGAAACGGCAAGGUCACCUUCUAUAUAAUUCUGAGCACAUCCGCUAUCACCAUAGAAACCACUGACCUAGCAGUCAAUCUGCAACUGCUCACGAUCAGUGAGCAGCCUGACCUGCUGCCAAUUGUGGCUGAGCAAGAGUCGUGACUAGCUCCCCC